AUGGAUGCCCGCUUCGAUAAGGCUUCGGAGCAUCUGGUGACGGAGCUGGACGAGAAGGCGUGCCUGUCGCCUGGCGGGCAAGAGGUCGAAGCCGUCAAGGCCACCUUAACCGAGCUGUCGAUUAGGGUGAUGUCCUUAGCUCGGAGGUCAACCCCUGGGCUGGCCCCUGGGACGGCCUCGGGGGAAAUGUCCUGGGACGAGAGGCAUACUCUCGUCAACCGGCUGCGCCUGUCGGAGAUGCAUCUCUCCGAGGCUCGAGAGUCGAUGGCCAAUUCUUUGAGGGCCUUCGAGGAGAAGAAGGCCGAGCUGGAGCAGGAGCGCGACAUCGCUCUCAAGCAGAGAGACUCUGCUAGCAAGAGGCAGAGGGCCGCGACCAAGGACUGCAAGAGGGCCGAGGAGAAGGUCGAGAGGUCUCGGAAGAGCGCCGAGGAGGCCAUCGCCAAAGCUCGAGAGUGCCGGGAGGCCGUCGUCCUUGACUGGAAAGAAUCUGAGGAAGGAAGGACCUUCCUCGAGGACGCCUCCCUGCAGGCUUCCGAGAUUGGCCAGGCCGAGGCGCUUCGCAAGGUUCGGCUGGUUCUCGAGAAGCUUGCCCCCAGCCUUUCUUGGAGUGAGGUAGAGGAGGGUGUCAAGGCACUCUCUCAGGAAGAAGGGUCGGGUGAGGAAAAAACUCCUCACCCGGCUAAUCUCGAGGGAUGA